CUCGCUCCAUUGUGGCCGCCGGCGAGCCCCCCGCUGCAUGAACAGUCCCCGGCCGCGGGCUGCCAUUCUUCCAAAAUUACAGCCAGCGCUCAAUGGGAACGACUCCUCGGCGGUCGAUGAGCUUCUAUAAAACCGACCCUGGCGUUGGCUGACGAGGAGCGCACAACAUGGAGCGCUCCAACGAGGAGAGCACCGAUGGCUCGUCCAUCAAGCCGGUGUCCUCACUCCGCAGUCAUUUUGAGAACAUGCUCAGUACGAACAAGUCGCCCGCGCCCACAACCCCGCGCCAGCCCUCCCCCGCCGCAGUCGACUGCCUCGCCAUGCCAGAGGACCACAGGAAGAUGAACGGGCGGAAAUCGUUGGACAUUCCAAGGGAAAACGGAGGGCGCACCUCAACACCAAAUUUAGCCGACUACAGCGGGACUGGUUCGACUACUCCGCGGGGCAGAACGCCAGGGUCGCCGUGGAGCAAUUCAAAGCCUCGGCCGACGUCGAUGGUGGCUUUCUCUCCGCCCAGGUCGCCCACCAGAUCACCCCCGAGAGUGACCGUGCAAUCCCCCAAGUCACCCCCAAUACCCUCCGAGCCGCACAUCCACUCUCCGCUCCCCUCGCGAACCCUCCCGCCUGCGUCUGUGGACUCCCCUACUCAUGCCCAACCGAUUUCGAACGGAACGAAGACUUUCAAGGUACCCAGCAGACAUGCCACGCCAGUUUUAGAGUCGAAACACUUCUUCCCCGCCAGCCCUGUAGCAAGUCCUUCGGGCGAUCCCCGUAAAAGCGGCACGUUCGAACGCCCUGCGGCUCCUGCGUCUUCUGUUCCACCGCCCAUCAAUCGCGCUGGGAAACCAAAGAUCUUGAGCAAGUCGCACUCUGUAGAACCUUCCGCGAGGACGACAUUAGCCCCUGGUCACAGCGCGGAAGGAAUGGCGGAGAGUGUCUCACCGUUUAGCACUCCACCAAGCAGCAGUGAGGGCAGCGUAAAGGAGGAGUCGCCAUCUCUGGAGCCUGGGCUUUCGAAACCCAGAGGUGCCGCUCCAAAAGAGAGCUACUUUCCCCCUCCCCCUGUGCAUCAUUCUUUGGUUGAGAGACUUCCCUCGUCAGAUCCUCGCGCCAUAGUGGGCAACCCGCCCUUAAAAUUCGCGCCUCAGUCUCGUGCAAAUCCCCCGAGCGACCGUCCUGAAGACCGGCCUGCGUUGCCAGCGCGGCGAGAGAAGGACAAUGUAGACCUGAGGAAGAGCAUGGUGAUCCAGAGGCCUUUGUUGCCUGAACCUCCGAUUCGGCGAUCCAUGGAUACAUUUCGGCCAGCUGCCCUUGUCGCGGAAACCAAUAACAAGUUCAUGCCUCCCCCUAGGCGUAUUCAGGCAACGGCCGCAGCAGCACCCACAAAAUCGUUAGAGCCUCCGAAACCACCUCCGCCGCGCAAUUCCGGAGAAUUCAAGAGACCAAACCAGGUCCCGGCGCAAGCCUCGACGCAGACCCCAGCGCAAGCCUCCCAACCGUACACCUAUGAUUCAGAUGACACGGAUACAGCUAACGAGAAACCCACGACCGCUCUUACCGACUACCCGGACUCAUCGCAAGCCAAUCGAAGACCGCCGGUGUUCCAAGAAGGUACCUCUUUGAUCCCCACCGGCUAUGAGACGAAGCUCUUCGCCAUCUGCGGGGAGUACAUAUGCACAACCGGCUAUGUCACGAACGUGUGGAACGUGUUGAAUGGUAGGCUGUUGAUGAGUCAAAGUCAUGGAGAAACUGUCAAGGCUACGUCAGUGGCAUUCAGGCCCGCUAAGAACGUGGACGACGAAGGCAAGCGGCUAUGGCUCGGCACGAAUAUCGGCGAGAUGCACGAGCUCGACAUCCCAACGCAGAGUCUAGUGCACACAAAGUCCAAUGCUCAUAAAGGUUCGCCAGUGUUGAAGAUAUUCCGCUAUGCCUCAGAGAUGUGGUCUCUCGACGAUGAUGGGAAGCUCCACAUCUGGCUUCCCGACGAGACGGGAUCACCUACCCUUCAGCAGACGCCGUCUACAUUUCGCGUACCCCGAGGCCACACCUUCUCGAUCAUAUCGGGAUCUCAGUUGUGGAUCGCUUUUACAAAGGAGAUCCGGGUCUACAAUCGGACGGUCGACAAUAACUACUUUCAGCAGAUGACUCAAGGUAGCCUCUCGCAGCAGAACGUGGGAGACGUCACCUCGGGCGCAAUACUCAGCAGCCAGCCGGAUCGCAUAUACUUUGGACACACGGACGGCAAAAUUACAAUAUACGCCAAGAAGAAUUUUGAGUGCUUAGGGGUCAUCAACGUGAGCUUGUACAAGAUCAGCUCGUUGGUGGGUGUGGGCGACUAUUUAUGGGCUGGCUAUAGUACCGGGAUGAUCUACGUCUACGACACGAGUAGCACGCCGUGGAAGGUGAUGAAGGACUGGAAAGCUCACGAGAAGCCCAUUGCGGGUAUCAUCGCAGAUCGGACGAGUAUUUGGAAGCUCGACAGGUUGCAAGUUGCCUCACUAGGCACGGACAGCAUGCUGCGAAUUUGGGACGGCAUGCUGAGGAAUGACUGGCUAGAAACCCAAAUGCAGCAACGCGACGCUGAAUACUGCGACUUCCGAGAGAUCUCGGUCAGAGUAAUGACCUGGAAUGCGGGUGCAACAAAACCCACGAGCCUACGGCAUAACGAGCAAGAUCAGAACUUCUUCAGGGAACUGCUGCAGCCAGAAGAUCCCCCAGACAUUCUUGUCUUCGGGUUCCAGGAAUUGGUGGAUCUGGAAGAUAAGAAAAUCACGGCCAAGAGCUUCUUCAAGAAGAAGAAGAGCAGAGAGGCAACGGAGAACGAACACAUGUCUCACCAGUACCGCGCAUGGCGCGACCACCUGAUGCGUGUCCUCGACGAGCACUCUCCGCGCCAGAACUACACUCUCCUACACACCGCCAACCUGGUCGGCCUCUUCACGUGUGUAUUCAUCAAGGCAUCCGAACGCUCAAAGAUCCGCGACGUUUGCGCUGCUGAGAUCAAGCUCGGCUUCAGCGGACGCGUUGGCAAUAAGGGUGCUCUGGUAGUCCGAUUCUUCCUCGACGACUCCUCCCUUUGCUUCAUAAACUGCCAUCUUGCGGCUGGGCAAACACAGACAACGCAUCGUAACAACGACGCCGCCGCUAUCAUGGAAGCGGCGCCUCUACCGCGGAACCGCUCUCCGUCCGACUGCGCGAACUUCUUCGUCGGUGGUGGAGAUGGAUCCAUGAUCCUCGAUCACGAAAUCUGUGUCUUGAAUGGUGAUCUCAAUUACCGGAUCGAUUCGAUGCCUCGGGACACCGUCAUCAGUGCAGUGAACCAAGGGAAUCUGGCCAAGCUGCUUGACCGCGAUCAAUUACUUCUAUCGCGCAAACGAAAUCCUGGCUUCCGACUACGAGCCUUCAACGAGGCGCCUAUUAAUUUCCCGCCAACGUACAAAUACGACGUCGGUACUGAUAAUUACGACACGUCAGAGAAGAGGCGCUCUCCAGCUUGGUGCGAUAGACUGUUGUAUCGCGGGCUGGGCCGAAUCAAGCAGGUCGAUUACCGUAGGCACGACUGCGUCAAAGUGUCAGACCACAGGCCAGUCAGCGGCAGGUUCAAGGUUCGGGUCAAGACGAUUAGCGACAAGAGGCAGAUGACGGCCAAGGACAAGGUCGAGGUGGAGUUUGAGGCCGUGAAGAGGAGGAUCGCUGGAGACAUAAAGCUCGAUUACCUGAUUAACGUGUUCGGACUGUCGACGAAGGAGGCGCAGAGGCUUCUGAAAGGAUCAUGAAAAGCCGGCCGUUGGCUUGAUACCAUUAUUUUGUGCUAUAGUGAGCGUUCUCGCGGGCUGCAUAGGGCAUUAGGGUACUGUUGUGGGAGCCUUCUCCGUGGGCAACUUGGGGCGAGGAUUGUGGCAGCCAUGUCAUGUGUUAGCGUGCGAUCAUGGUGACGUC